AAAGCGAUCUGUACGAGUCAGCAGUGUCGUUGUUGAAAACAUUGUGUUAUAGUCUAGCGCUAAGAUGGCCGACGAAGUUGUUUUAAAUUUUCAAGAUAGUUUAUUGCGAAAAUCGGACGUUAAAUUACUUGAUGAAGGACAAUGGCUGAACGAUACGAUUAUAGGCUUUAUGUUUGAGUAAGGACAAAUACUACAUGUGCACUAUUUAAGAAUAAAACUGAGAUAUUUGCCAGCAAAACCUGUAAGUGGCUAAGUGCACUGCACUUGAAGCACUUCUAAAUGUUCACCAUACACCUCUUUUUGUAGAUAUUUCGAGUACAUAUUAUUUAAUAAGUUGGAGAAUGUUCUUUUUGUAAACCCAGAUGUAGCUCAGUAUAUUAAAUUGUGUAAAGGUAAGCCAUCUCAGUCAAAAAAGUACGGUAAAUGCCAAAUGGUCUUAUGGUGCUACACCUACUUUCAAAUCGAAUCGCCUGUUUGUUGUGAUGUACCGAACCUUUUAAACUUAUUGUACAAUUUAAACUGCAUCUGUAGCAUUUCCUUGACGUGCAAAUUCCCUGUUUUAUAAAACACAACGGCUGUCACUCACAUCAAGCACCACUGGCCGUAACAUACAAAUUGUCACCGCAUUAUUCGCAAGACUAAAUUGUCAAAGAGACCAAGACAAAUCUACUUCUUCUUGAAGAAAGCUAUGACCACUAGGUUUCUUUCCUAACUAAAAUAUUACUCCAACAACAAUCUUUUUAAUUUAAUAAUAAACAUGGAUUUUCUUAAUUAACCAGGUGCAGAACUAGCCAUAUUUCUUGAACCACUUAAUCUACAUUGCAAGGAUAGAAUAUUCAUUCCAGUCAACAGUAAUGUAAACCCCGAAGCCACUGGUGGCACACAUUGGUUAGUUCCAUGUCGUAGAUUUUGCUAGUGUUACACAAAGAAGUAGAAAAUCGAUAUUUUCAGUCUAUUGAGUAUUGGCAAUACCCUGCCCCUGGUCGGUUGCCUAAAACUGUCGCAUGCAACCUGCUUCCGACUUAUGGUACUGUAUCAUAGAUAUCUUAUAUACACCAGAUAGUGCAUCUAAUUAUUCUGCAAUUCAAAAAUUGAAGCCGUGAUUGCAGUCUCAGGUCGUUCCCAUGAAAUGAGAAGAUUCGUAUGUUUUCUAUUUCCUAAACAGGGAACUUAAACAUUAAGUUAACCCUAUUCCAAAUACGUUUUUAAACUAUUCAAAUAAUGAAAGCUAUUGUUGUUCUAUGUACUGUAUAAAUAGCGGGCUUAAGCAUGUAGGACGGCAACGCGACGACGACGGCCAAAACAAAUUCCUUCAAAUAAAUGAUAGCAAAGAAAACUUGUCGUAUAUUAUAAUUCGUAUGAAUUUAAUACAGUAUAAGAAGCUGAAAACAUUGGCUUUAUGUUUGGGGAGAGUUCUACUGACGGAAUUUUAAGUUGCACUUGUUACGGCUUGAAAUGAAGACGUAUAAAAGACGUGAAAAUCUGUGAAUUGCCGUUGUAAACAGAACGACGACCACGUCGGAAACCCCCCUGGGACUUUAAUUAUUUCUUUUCAUUGACUCAUUGUAUUGGUUGCCGUCGUCAUCGUGUUGCCGUCCUACAUGCUGAAGCGGCAAACCUGCGGACAAUGUAAGGGAGUUGUAAAUCAAGCACACAAUUCGCUUACGUUGUCGUAGGUAAGUUGUGUGCUUGAUUUACACAGUACAACUCAAGUUGUAAGCAGGUUGCAUGCGACAGUUUUAGGCAAAAGUUGUGUAGUGUAAAUCGGCCUUCAUUAUUUGCUGGCUCUGCAUAUAAAGGUACUGCAUACAAUGAAAAGAAUUAACAUUUUUUCACUCUGAUAAAUGCAGGUUGACCAUCAUCUGCUGCACGAUAGCGCUCAGUGAAAUUGCUUAGGGACCGGUCAUUAUUUAUGGUGGGGGGUGGCACCGAAGAGAAAUGUUUUUCGUGGCAAAAAUUUUGCUGACCCAACCAUUAAAAAAUUUGAUUACCCAACCUCAAGUAUCAUUUAAAAAAUAAAUGCCCACCCCUGGCCAAAAACAUUACAAAAGGAUGUCAUUCAGUUGUCACACAUGUCCUUUACCACUGUGAUACGAGUUUAAUAACGUUCGGCUUGUGAAAUUUACUGACUUUUCUGCAGUCUAAAGUUUCAUGUUGUCUGCACAUUUCCUUUCUUUGGAGACACCAUUUGUCUCUCAAUAAAUCGGAAAAUGAUGAAGAUAGUGACUCUGAUUGAUUCACAUAUUGUAUUGACAUGACCGUUGACAUUGAAGUUUUCAGUCUUCAAUAUUUGAGUGAGUCAUGCUUUGGAAAUGACAAUAAAUUUCUAUUACCCAACCUUUGAGCUGUUUCGUUUUUCAUUUACCCAACCUUUUACUCACUCAAAAUUUUGUUUACCCAACCCUUUUCUCUUCGGUGCCACCCCCCGCCAUAAAUAAUGACCGGUCCCUUAUUCCUUACGUCACGAGAGAAAUUUUAUUUUUAUCAUUGAUACUUUUUCCAAUCCAGGAGUCUGUUGGUCUACGAUGCACACCAGAAGAAAUUCCAGCACUACGAUUCUUGUGUGCCAAGCAAUCAUUCUCACGCAUGUCAAAUGAGUAAAUCAGUCGAACCGUUUCUUCGAGGUAAACUUUUCUUUGGACGUCUUUCUACGAAAAACUACAUGAAAUAUAUGCCCACUUUUCCCAUUCUCGAUUUUUACCAGCUAGAACACGUUGCUAUAAGAUUGAAAACUCAAAAGACUACAGGAAUUAAAGUUAUUCAGUCCAACAACAUAUAUAAUAGCGCUUAGUAGCGAUUAGGUUAAGCUGUCAGAGGACAUUUCCUUGAAGUGUUUCUAUUAACCUCUUUUGUUUGAGCAACGUUUAACGAAAUUGUUCGAUCAACAAUGUAGGCAUAAUCAGUUAUGUACUAUUUAAAACACAAGCAGGAGCGCUUUAUCAUAUAUAAAACACGAAGCGCAGCUCGAGUGUUUUAUAUCUGGUAAAGCGCGGACUGCGAGCGUUUUAAAUGGCUUAAAAAACGACCCAUCGCUUACGAGUUCAUUGCUAUUGGCGAAGUAAUUUUAAGAAUAAACCCUUUCUAAGCCGAGGAAAUUAAAGCUAAAGUAAAGAGUUUUUUAAAGUUAAUAUAUCUAUUUUUUUCAGUUAAACAGAACGUCAACUUCGUUGAAGAGACUUGUCCACAACAGGAAAACUGUAAGCAAUGCCAAUGGUUUCAACAUUGGCAUGUUCAGUGAAUUGCAUAUUCCUCCAAUCUUUAGACUUGUAGUACAGCGCAACGAAUGAGCUUAUUUGAUGGGCUUAUACCUUUCUUUAUGUACGUGGUAGUUUAGCUAAGUACAAAAGCCAACUCAUGUUGUUAUAUGUUCCCUGUUUUCUUAUGUUUUCUGUAGUUUCUGACUGUGGGGUAUAUGUGAUAUACAUCGCUGAAGUUCUGUGUAAACGACUGCAGGACAAAGUCAGUUCAGAACAUAUCUUACAAAAUGAAGUGAAUGCUGAGUCCGUGAGAAGAAAACGAACAGAAAUUAAAAAGAUUAUUAAAGAAUUAAGAGAAACUCAUCCAUGCUAGAAUAAUCUAGCAUUUGAAUUAAUUAAUUUACUUCAUCUGUGAGUUUCAAAACUUUACUUCAGUAUAAUUGGAAAAUAAUAUAAAUAUUUUAAUAUGGAGUAAUAAAAUCUAUCAUAUCUAUAACGAUAUUAGUCGUUCUACUAUAUUCUUACCUUAAUAUAAAUUACAAAAUUAUAUAGUUAACAAUUAACCAAUUUAAAACUACUCAUUCGAUCACUGUAUAAUAAAUGCGAACUAUAAAUAUUAUUUUUUAUUCCUACAAUAAUUAGUCCCCUUAUAAAAUGGUUUGUAUAAUUCAAAACAAUUCUUGAAAAAUAACUCUAAAUUUCUAGGGAAUAUCAAAUUGCGACCAUUAUGACUGACUCAAACAGUCAAGGUUUAAUGCAGAAGAUGUCAAUUCAGUUACAUACCAAAAGAUCAGUGAUAUCAAUUCAGUCACCCACCAAGAUCAGUGGUCGGCUUCCUUCGUAUUUAUUUAUCCUCCUCCAGUUCAGAAUAAAGCGGUCCAUUUUUACCAUCACUUUCAUUCGAUUCUUCCAGUUCAUUGGUGACAUCAUUCGCAUGCUCCUGGGCAUGACUACCGCUGUUCUCAAGUUCGUUAUAUAUCGGCUCAGCCACGGCGGGGAGGUGGGGUUGACGCGGGGGAAGGGAGGGUGGCGCGGAGUUCCUGUUGUGCUUGGGCGUUACUCCUUUGGCUUGGUUACCGCUGCUCUCAAGUUCAUUGUAUAUCGGCUCAGCCACAACGGGGGUGUGGGAUUUCCUGGAGGUAAGGGGUGGAGGGGUGGGACCUCUGGGUCCAUGGCCAUUUCUAACUGGCAUUGGUGACGGCAAACGAUCAACUUCGGAAUACAAUGGCUCUUUAA